CGUAAUGAGAACCGAUUACAUGCGGAAGUAAAAUUAGGAAAACAAACGAGCUAGCUUACUGUCAGUUAGGGAUAGAGAGAGAAACCGGCCUCUGGUUAAGUAUUAGUCUGCUGGACAUUACGACCACAAACAGCAACAAUCAAGAUGGAGUUUUUAUUUGGGCGGAGAAAAACCCCUGAGGAGAUGCUAAGGCAGAACCAGAGAGCACUGACCAGAGCCAUGAGAGAGCUAGACAGAGAACGGCAGAGGAUGGAGCAGCAGGAAAAGAAAAUCAUUGCCGAUAUAAAGAAAAUGGCAAAACAGGGACAGAUGGAUGCAGUUAAAAUCAUGGCUAAGGACUUGGUUCGUACCAGACGAUACGUAAAGAAGUUCAUCAUGAUGAGAGCCAAUAUCCAAGCAGUCAGUCUUAAAAUCCAAACCCUCAAGUCAAACAACAGCAUGGCACAGGCCAUGAAAGGAGUGACCAAAGCCAUGGCCACAAUGAACAGACAGUUAAAGUUGCCACAAAUUCAGAAGAUUAUGAUGGAGUUUGAGCGCCAGAGUGAACUUAUGGACAUGAAGGAAGAAAUGAUGAAUGAUGCAAUUGAUGAUGCGAUGGGAGAUGAGGAUGAUGAAGAGGAAAGUGAUGCUGUGGUUUCCCAAGUGCUGGAUGAAUUGGGUCUGAAUCUUUCAGAUGAACUCUCAAACCUGCCAUCUACUGGGGGAAAUCUCUCAGUUGCUGCUGGGAAGAAAGCUGAGCCACAGCCAACUUUGGCAGAUGCAGAUGCAGACCUGGAGGAAAGACUAAAUAACCUCAGAAGAGACUGAAGGAGAAAUAUCACUAGGUGCAGAAAGUUUUCUAUCAGCUUACUAUAGUGUUCAGAGUUUAAAUAAGGGGACAGAUGAUCACUGCAGAAUUUGGAAGCAGUGUCUGGGUUUUUUCUUUGCUUUAGGCAUUCUUAUUUGAAUGCUCGUAUUCAUUAUUUUUUCUACUGUAAAUCUGCUGUGUUAUUCUACCAAACAAGUGCUCACAAAGAUUUUGAUCCUUAAACAGUUUUCAGCAGCUUGCUGGAACUCUCAGAAGUAUAAACACUAGUACUUUAAUAAAUUUGGCUAUUUUAUUUAGUGGAAAAAAAAAUUAUUAAAGCUGUUAUUUUAUAUAUGCCUUCUUGUCAAUGUAAUACCAUGUCUAUCACAUAACUGUAAUUAUCGCAAGCCUUGUGGUUUCUACAUUAUAAUGUCUGUCAAGGUUCACAAUCAGAAAAUCCUUGUUACAUUUUCCUAAAUGUUUCACACAUUAUUUAGUAAUGUAUGUGAUGGGCCAUUGCAUUUUACAUAUCCAAUAUGAUCAUACUUUAUUUCUCUAAAAACUGAAUUAGUCAUAAAAAGAACUUAGACAAAUAAAUGUGAUUAUUGGGGUACUUCAGUAAUGUAUUUAUCUAACUGAAACUGGGAUGUUUUGCCUUGUUUUUCUUUCUUUCUUAAUAAAUAUUUUUCACAUUUA